AUGACGGAGACUGGCAAAAAUCCGAUGGAAGGUAUCAUCAAGAAGUUGAAUCCUGAGGAGAUCUCAACACUGAUGCAACUGAUGAAGUUGUCGGCGGGAGAGAGCUCGACAAAGCCACAACCCAAGAAGGUGGAGCUUCCACCUAUCGAUGUAAAACUUGAUGGACCCGCGACAUAUCUGAGUUGGUCGCGCCGGGUGAAAUAUACCCUUGCUGGGAGGAGCCUAGAGGGAUAUCUGACAGGGGAGAAGACUGAGCCGGCUGAGGGCUCAGCAGGGAGAGAUGAGUGGAAGUCCACUCAUAUGUUAGUGUAUAUCUGGCUUCUGAAUUCUAUAGUCCAACCAAUUGCUGCCACAGUGGAUGGUCUUGGGAGGGUGCAUGAUGUUUGGGAGAAGCUGAGGAGGACUUACGAUGGGGUGGGAAAUAACCUGAGGGUAUUCCAGAUCGAGAAGGAAAUCAGCGCUACAGUCCAGGGAGAGAGGACUGUACAGGAGUACGCCACAGAGCUGGAGCGCUUGUGGCUCGAUCACGAUCACUUCUCACCCCUAGCGAGCUGUAAAGACCCGAAGUGCAAGGAGCGUGAGGCCUCCUUGCAGAAGAGGACCAUGUUGUUUCUCCGAGGUUUGGCUCCAGCAUAUGAGCAGAGGACGGCGUUGUUACUAACUCAGACUAAGAUCCCACCACUGGAGGAGGCAAUCUCAGCCAUGAUACAGGAGGAGAGCCGCAUCAGACUACAGACUGGGACAGAUGGACUUACAGGGGAGAAGUCUGCACUGGUGGUAUCCAACCCGGAUUACACUGGAUUCAGAGGGGAGACUAGGAAGUGCCUCAACUGCGGAGAGGUAGGACAUCUGAGACAGAUGUGCCCUAAGCCACCCAGAGAGAGAGACUGGGGUGGACGCGGUCAGGCUGGAGGCCGUGGUCGUGGUCGUGGAGGCAGGCGAGGUGGAAGAGGAGGCCACCGAGCAAACUUGACAGUGACAGAAAGAGAAGAAGAAGCUGAGAUGAUCUUCACUGCCGAGGAUCGUGCAUUCUUGACAGCACUGAGUAGGAAGCAGAGCGCAGUAGGUGAUGUGUCUGAGGGGGCAUCUACUACUUUCUCUGGAGGGGACUAUGCUAAUUACGCCCUUCGCGCACACCCAAACGAGGGAAGAUCCACCGCCUGGAUAAUGGAUUCUGGAGCAUCCAGACAUGUGACAGGCAAUGCCAGUGAGUUCUUAUCUUACACUCACUUAGCAGAAGCAGAGAGCAUCCAAAUUGCUGAUGGUACAACACAGGAUGUGGUUGGUAAGGGCACUGUUAGUUGUACAGGUUCUAUAACUUUAUCUAAUGUUCUGCAUGCUCCUUCAUUUCCUGUUAGCCUGUUAUCCAUUAGUGCCAUUAUCAUCCAACUAAAUUGUAUUGUUUCUUUUGACAUUCCCAAGGUAAUUUUUUAG